UUUGGCGAGGGGCCAGCAAACAGCUCCAGAUUUGACGAGCAUCCAACUCUGGACUGUCUACUCCCUAACUACAAACUUGUUUAUCUCACGCAUGUAGACAUACCAUGACACCCUGAAUCUCUGAAUCAACAAUUAAAACAAGUCAGUCUGGUCAACAUCACGCGGGCAUCACGCCCUUGCAUUUCAAGACCAGUGUAUACCGCAAGCUAUAGCCCGCUAUCGCGCCAGCCCGUCUAAUUCUCCACCGACUCUUGGAGGCCGGUUACAACCAGAGCACGCCACCAUGGACUAUGAAAAUUUGAAGGAGCAGUGGAGCGAGGUUGAGGAUCGCGAUGGCGUCCGCCUCAGCUGGAACGUCUUUCCGAGCACGCGCAUGGAAGCGUCUCGCCUUGUCGUCCCGAUCGGCGCCCUCUACACCCCCUUGAAGGAGAAGCCAGACACUCCUCUGCUGCAGUUCGAGCCCGUCACCUGCAAGCAGCCAUGCCGUUCCGUCCUCAACCCAUUCUGCCAGGUCGAUGUUCGCGCUCGGCUCUGGAUCUGCCCAUUCUGUCUCUCUCGAAACCCUCUGCCGCCUCAUUACAAGGACAUCACGGCCAACGCCAUCCCGCCAGAGCUGCAUCCGUCCAACACCACAAUCGAGUACCGCCUGUCCCGCCCGGCCCCGAGUCCGCCCAUCUUUCUCUACGUGGUCGAUACCUGCCAGGAGGAUGACAGCCUCAACGCCCUGAAGGAGUCUCUCGUCAUGAGCUUGAGCCUCCUUCCCGAGAAUGCCCUUGUUGGCCUCAUCACCUACGGCACUAUGACUCAAGUUCACGAGAUUGGAUACACUGAGUGUGCCAAGUCGUAUGUCUUCCGUGGUAGCAAGGACUAUGCGCCGAAGCAGGUUCAGGAGAUGCUUGGCCUCGGCCAGAUGCCCGUCCGCCCCGGCAUGCAGCCCCAGCCGGGACGCCCGAUGCCUAUGGGACCUGCAUCUAGGUUCUUGAUGCCCGUUUCCCAGUGCGAGUUCCAGCUCACCAAGGCCUUGGAGCAGCUUCAGAAGGACCCAUGGCCGGUUGCCAACGAUAGGCGACCGCUGCGUUGCACCGGCGUGGCCUUGAGCGUCGCUGUGGGUCUUCUCGAGUCUUCCUUCCAGAACUCUGGUGGUCGCAUUAUGCUCUUUGCUGCCGGCCCGGCCACCGAGGGUCCCGGUAUGGUUGUCAGCUCCGAGCUCAGGGAGCCCAUGCGGUCUCACCACGACAUUGAUCGCGACAACAUCAAGUACUACAAGAAGGCUCUCAAGUUCUACGACACACUGGCCAAGCGGACAGCCCACAAUGGGCACAUAAUAGAUAUCUUUGCCGGCUGUCUUGACCAGGUCGGUCUUCUGGAGAUGAAAGGUCUCAGCAACUCCACAGGUGGUCACAUGAUUUUGGUCGAUAGCUUUACGUCGUCCAUGUUCAAGCAGUCUUUCGUGAGGGUGUUUGAAAAGGAUGGAGACGACAACCUACUCAUGGGCUUCAACGGUAUCCUCGAGGUCCUAACCACCAAGGAGCUUAAGGUUACGGGUCUGAUUGGUCACGCCGUAUCGAUGAACAAGAAAUCGACCUCCGUCGGCGAGACGGAGUGCGGUAUUGGCAACACGUGCUCGUGGAAGAUGUGCGGUAUCGACCCAACAUCAAGCUACGGCAUCUACUUCGAGGUUGCACAGGGUGGCCCGUCACAUGCUCAACCAGCCCAGAAAGGCAUGAUGCAAUUUCUCACCUAUUACCAGCACUCAUCUGGACAAUUCCACCUGAGGGUUACAACCAUUGCCCGGAAUAUAGGUGGUCCCGCUGGAGAUCCGGCCAUUGCACAGUCUUUUGACCAGGAGGCUGCCGCGGUGCUCAUGUCGAGGAUCGCAGUCUUCAAGGCGGAAGUGGACGACGGACCAGACGUCCUGCGCUGGGUCGAUAGGAUGCUUAUCAGUCUCUGCUCAAGGUUUGCAGACUACAGGAAAGACGAUCCGUCGUCGUUCAGACUGGAGAAGAACUUUACUCUUUACCCGCAGUUCAUGUUCCACCUGAGGAGGAGUCAGUUCUUGCAGGUCUUCAACAACUCACCCGACGAAACUGCUUUCUACAGACAUGUCCUCAACCAUGAGGACGUGAGCAAUUCCCUCAUCAUGAUCCAGCCCACGCUGGAUACGUACACCUUUGACCAGGAAGGUGGACAGCCUGUACUGCUCGACUCGGCCUCGAUCCAGCCCACUCACAUUCUGCUGCUUGAUACCUUCUUCCACAUUCUCAUUUUCCACGGUGAGACCAUCGCACAGUGGAAGAAGGCCGGUUACCAGGACCAGGAGGGAUACGAGAACUUUGCCCAGCUCUUGCAACAGCCAAAGGAAGAUGCCAUGGAGCUCAUUACGGACCGAUUCCCCUUGCCUCGUUUCAUCGUGUGUGACGCAGGUGGAUCUCAAGCACGUUUCCUGCUUUCAAAGCUCAAUCCCUCGACAACACACACUACCGGCGCAUACGGUGGCGUGGGUGCACAAACGGCACAGACCAUCUUUACCGACGACGUUUCGUUGCAGACUUUUAUGGACCACCUCAUGAAGUUGGCUGUUAGCGGCACCAACUAGUAGUAGUCGACUUGAGCUGGUAACUUGUAAGCAGUGAUGCAAUUGGGUCCCCGGAGAAAGGGAGUGGACAAAGCGAUGAUGACUAUGUGAUAGUUCUUUUUUUGUGGAAUUUUCAAAAUGGACAGCGCCGUUGGUUUUACCAAGUAGACGGGGGCUACAGUGCCGCAAUAUUUAUACAACUGAUGAAUCCUUUCAUGGCAGCUAGCCGCCAUUGAUAUGAGUAUGGUGAUGACGGGGCUCAACUUUUUGAGACUGACUGGCGGAGCGAGUGGGUCGUGCCCCUUUGGGCAGAUCAUUGCAAGCGUUGAAAAAGUCUCCCAACCGCUUGCAGCACUCUUUAUGUUCCAAGAUUGACGAAUUUUAUAGACGGGCUCUCUG